AUGCCUACGGAUGACUUCGUACAAGAAGAACCUAUUGAACAAACCCACCAUAACGAUGAUGACUCCGAGGAUGCCGAAUCAGACGACACCCAUCACCCUAAAACCCACCCAUCAUUACACAAGCUCCACAGGUCCGAUUCCAUGGACUUGGAAUCCGCCAAGGUCCCCAGCCAUCACCUUCGUGCCUCUCAGGCUGUGGAAUGGUCGGUGAUACUGCAACUAGCAUUUCAAAGCAUCGGAGUUGUUUACGGCGAUAUAGGGACGUCGCCGCUUUACGUUUACGCGAGUACCUUCGCCGACGGUAUUAAAAACAGCGACGACAUACUGGGAGUUCUGUCUUUGAUCUUUUACACCAUCACUCUCAUCCCUUUGAUCAAAUACAUCUUUAUCGUCUUACGAGCCAACGACAACGGUGAAGGUGGAACAUUUGCACUAUACUCACUAAUAUGCCGAUACGCGAGGGUGGGUUUAAUCCCAAGUCAACAAGCCGAGGAUCGAGAUGUAUCCAAUUUCCAGCUUGAAUUACCCAGCAACCGUUUACGUAGAGCUUCAAAGCUCAAGUCCAAGCUUGAAAACAGCCAGUUCGCUAAAUUUUUUCUCUUGAUCAUCACCAUGCUCGGCACUUCCAUGGUCAUCGGCGAUGGCGUCCUCACCCCUUGCAUUUCAGUUUUAUCAGCUGUGGGUGGCAUCAAGGAAGCUACAUCUGCAAUGACAGAAGAUAGGAUUGUUUGGAUUUCUACGGCAAUUUUGAUCUGUCUCUUCAUGGUUCAAAGAUUUGGAACAGACAAAGUGGGUUACAGUUUUGCUCCCAUAAUCUGUGUCUGGUUCACUCUCAUUGGUGGCAUUGGGGUUUACAAUUUAAUUAAAUUUGACCCAACAGUGAUCAAAUCCAUAAACCCAAAAUAUAUUGUGGAUUACUUUAAGAGGAACAAAAAAGAUGCAUGGGUUUCCCUUGGUGGGGUGGUUCUUGCCAUAACAGGGACCGAAGCCUUGUUUGCUGAUGUUGGCCAUUUCACGGUUCGUUCGAUACAAAUUAGCAUGUGCUCGGUGACUUACCCAGCUUUAAUCAUGGCCUAUACUGGACAAGCCUCUUUCCUUCGUAAACACCAAAGUUUAGUCUCCGAUACGUUCUUUAAAUCGAUUCCGCACUCUUUGUAUUGGCCGAUGUUUGUGGUGGCGGUGGCGGCUGCGAUUAUAGCAAGUCAAGCAAUGAUUUCGGGGACAUUCUCUAUAAUCCAACAGUCGCUGUCGUUGGGGUGUUUCCCUCGUGUUAAAAUCGUUCAUACAUCGGCUAAAUACGAAGGUCAAGUUUAUAUUCCGGAGGUGAAUUACUUGUUGAUGAUAGCUUGUAUAGGGGUAACUCUCGGAUUUAGAACCACGGAGAAGAUUGGCAAUGCAUAUGGGAUUGCAGUGGUGUUUGUAAUGACUCUAACAUCAUCCCUGUUGGUUCUCAUCAUGAUCAUGAUAUGGAAAACCGAUAUUCUUUUUGUGGUGGCCUACGUUGUCAUUAUCGGCUCAGUUGAGUUCGUUUACUUGAGUUCCGUCCUAUACAAAUUUGACCAAGGAGGCUACUUGCCUUUGGCUUUCGCGGCGGCUUUGAUGACCGUGAUGUACGUUUGGAACAACGUGUACCGAAAGAAAUACAAUUUCGAGCUUGAACACAAACUCUCCCUCGAAAGGGUAAAGGACAUUGCUUCCGACACAAACUUGUGUAGAAUCCCGGGACUUGCCCUGUUUUACUCAGAGCUCGUUCAAGGCAUUCCACCCAUAUUCGAGCACUAUGUGGCGAACAUACAAGCAUUGCAUUCGGUCCUUGUUUUUGUCUCCAUCAAGUCACUACCUAUCAGCAAAGUUCCAGCCGAAGAACGGUUCCUAUUCAGAAGGGUGGAACCAAAGGAGUUAAACAUAUUCCGUUGCGUCGUCAGAUACGGGUACACCGACAUACGCAACAAAGUAGAACCGUUGGAACAGACUUUAGUCGAGAAGUUGAAAGAGUUCAUCACGGAAAACAUAUAUUUGGCUCACAUUAUAGAUGGAAAGAAAGGUAAGGAAGAUGAAAACGGGAUGAUGAACGGAGAGGGAGGGGAAGAGGAGUGGCAAGAGAGAGUGGUGAGCGAGACGAGCAUGGUGGAGAAAGCAUGGGAAGGUGGGGUGGUGCAUUUGAUAGGUGAGAAUGAGGUGAUUGCAAGCAAAGGGAGUGGGAUAGGGAAAAGGUUGUUAAUAGAUUAUGCUUACAAUUUCAUGAAGAAAAACUUGAGACAAAGUGAGAAAGUGUUUGAUAUCCCUCAUAAGCGCAUGCUUAAGGUUGGCAUGACUUAUGAACUGUAGAUUUAAUAUAUAAAUCCUCACGUUACAACU